AAUAUAGUUAUAAGGAGGAGCCUAAUUACAUUUACUAGCUGGCUUCAGCCAAUAGGGUGAUAAGGAUCCAGGGCUAUGGGAUGACGACGAAUCCUGCCAGUGUGCUGUGAAUGCGAGGCAGAAGAAGGGACUUGCAGUUUGUGUGCAGGAGGGGAAGAGAACAAGUCAAGGGCCUCUGGAUUAGCAGGCUGAGGAAAGGAAAAAAGGUCUAUUUGUAUUUCUUCCUCAAACACGAUUUCAAGGGUGACAGCAUCUCUCUGGCUAAGCUAUAGUGACUCCAAAAGCCCCUCUGGACUGUGGAAGACAGUUAUUUAGUCUCACUCGCGUUGUGGAGAAGUUCUCCAUCCUGAGCUUCAGCAAUGAAUUUUCUCCGAAGGCGCCUCUCGGACAGUAGUUUUGUGGCCAACUUGCCCAAUGGCUAUAUGAUGGAUCUUCAGCGUCCUGAUAACUCCACUAGCUCUCCAGGUUCUCCAGCAAAUGAGAGGAAGCAACAGCAGCAACCAUCUCAGCCAUCACCCUCUUCCUCUUCUGGAACCAGUAUCUUCAGUUCCAUCUCCAGCGCCAUGAAGCAGACCACACAAGCAGCUGCAGGACUGAUGGAGCACUCGGCAAGCCCCACUCCUGUGGCUCAGAAACCCAAGAUCCUUUUGGUGAUUGAUGAUGCUCACACAGAUUGGGCCAAGUAUUUCCAGGGGAAGAAGGUGAACGGAGAAUUUGAGAUCCGAGUGGAACAGGCUGAGUUCUCAGAGCUGAACCUGGCUGCUUAUGUUACUGGUGGCUGCAUGGUGGACAUGCAGGUCAUGAGGAAUGGCACCAAGGUAGUAAGGUCCUUUAAGCCUGACUUUGUUCUGAUUCGACAACAUGCAUACAGCAUGGCACUAGGAGAGGACUUCCGCAGCCUCAUCAUCGGCCUGCAGUAUGGCGGAGUCCAUAGUGUCAACUCCCUUUACUCCAUCUACAACUUUUGCAGCAAGCCCUGGGUGUUCUCUCAGCUAAUUAAAAUCUUCAACUCCCUGGGUCCUGAGAAGUUCCCUCUUGUGGAGCAAACAUUCUUCCCAAGCCAUAAGCAGAUGCUCACAACCCCAAAUUUCCCUGUCGUGGUCAAGCUGGGACAUGCUCAUGCUGGAAUGGGGAAGGUAAAAGUUGAGAACCAGUAUGACUUCCAGGACAUGGCCAGCGUGGUAGCCAUGGCAAAAACCUACGCCACCACUGAAGCAUUCAUCGACUCCAAGUACGACAUCCGAAUCCAGAAAAUCGGCAGCAAUUACAAAGCUUACAUGAGGACAUCCAUCUCUGGAAACUGGAAGGCAAACACAGGUUCUGCCAUGCUGGAGCAGAUCGCAAUGACAGAGAGGUACAGACUCUGGGCGGACUCCUGCGCCGAGAUGUUUGGAGGCCUCGAUAUUUGUGCCGUCAAAGCUGUCCACAGCAAAGAUGGGAAGGACUAUAUCAUUGAGGUGAUGGAUAGCUCGAUGCCCCUGAUAGGGGAGCACGUAGAGGAGGACACACAGCUUGUAGCUGAUCUGGUUGUCUCCAAAAUGACUCAGCUUCUUGUGACUGUAGGAUCUACCCCCUCACCUCCAAGGCCUUGGCCUCAACAAGUCCAGCCUCAGUCAAUGAAAUCACAGACGCAGCCUCAGCCUGGACCCCAGCUUGGGCAAUCAUCCCAACCACGGCCACCUCCUCAAGGGGGUCCACGCCAGCCUCAGGGAUCUCAGCCUCCGCGGACUGGAGCACCUCCACAGCAACGGCUCUCUCCUCAGGGCCAGCAGCCCCAGAGUCCCCAGUCUAGCUCACCUCAGCAGCAGAGGUCGCCUGGAUCCCCACAGUUAACACGAUCUUCCACUGGAACCUCCCCAGUCCAGGCCUCCAAGCCAGGCAUCUUUCCACCACAGCAGCCUAGACCCCCUGCCCAAGGACGGGCUCCUGCUCAACAAGGCCUUGGUGAAACACCCAAGCAGCAGGCCUCCCCACAUCCACACCUGAACAAAUCCCAGUCCCUGACGAACACCUUCAGCAUAUCUGAAUCAUCACAACAGGGAAAUGCCAACGAAGAUGAGGCAAAAGCUGAAACCAUCCGCAACCUGAGGAAGUCUUUUGCUAGCCUGUUUUCUGAUUAACAUCCCUGGAGUCAGAUCAGUGCUUUUGUUAGUCCACUCUUCAUAUCAACCUACCCAAUGUUAUUGUGGAAUUUACUCAUUGGUACCUAAUGGUUCAUGCAAAAUCUGGGAAUAUAAUCCUUCAGGCUAUCUUUUCUAAAUGGGUUUUGCCCAGAAAUUAGUUAGCCCUAGAUGUUUUAAUUUUAAGGGUUAGUCCAACAUGGGCCAAAAAAGUGACUAUGUAAAAAUGGCACUUUCUCACUUGGUAGAUCUGCUUUGUGUGCAUAGUCAGUAAGAUCUGCUUACUUGAAUGACCUGAAAUAAUUUCAAAGUACUUUUUACUGCUAUCACCCCUUCCCAAGCCAACAAAGCUAUUGGAGAGCAAAUUAGAUUCCAUUUUGGCUUGCACAUUAUUAACAGAAUGAAUAACUAGGUUCCCAUUAAAGACUCUUUAUUCUCAUUGAGGCUGACCCAAAAGGAACAGAGUUUGAUUUCUGAUGCAAAUGUGCAGAGACAGAAGUUAAAAUAAACAUCUAUUUACUUGAGUGAGCAUGUUUGAUCUGGAAAUCAUGAAGACAUAAUGAAUUUGGAACCUCAUAAUGCUAGUUUUACAGAGUCACUUUUCUGAGCAGAACUGUAUUUCAAGUAAAACUCGGUAUCAGCUGUCAGUGAGUCCCAGAGAUCAUUGAAGCAUUACGUUGAAGUAUUAUGUUGGAUUUCUGCUCUGCUCAGGGCCAUCUUACCAGUAGCAAUUUAAAUGUGUCUGUUUCAUGCUUUGAGGCUAUGUUUCCAAUAUGUGUUUCUUGAUUUCUGGGAGAAAGGUAUCAUGUUCUAACCCUACAGCCAUAGCUCAAAAAUAAACCAGAAAAUAGGACUGCCACACAUCUUGAAAAAAUAGAUAAUUUAUGUUCAAAUAUAGUUCACACAAACUCCAGAUAAAAUCCAUCCAAGCUGCUAAAUCUGUAUAAUCUGACUUGGUUGCAUCUGGCUAAGUGAUCCCCAUGGGGCAAGAUUAAUUAGUAGCAGAGUUUGAGGUGUUCGUACCAUUAUGAGUCUUCCAUGCUACAGAAUGGAGAGAGCCAUGGGCUCCCGGCCGCACUUAAGUCAAAGGGAGUUUUUCAUAGAUGUAAGUGGGGCCAGGACUUCACCCAUGGAGUCAGUGCAAGGUGAGAGACCUGUGACUGGAUGGCUUCCCCCUGGAAAACUAUCACUUGGGAGAAAGAACAACCAGCUAUUCCACCCCCACUUAUAAACCAAAUAACUUGUUUUGCUUCCUCUUUCCAGCACUGUCUAUGCAAAACUGAAAUAACUAGGAGACUAGUCUGGCAUUGCACUUCAAAUCAACCCAAAGCGGUCACUGUACCACCAACUGGAGCACUUGCUAAUGCUGCUGCUCAGAGCAGCAGCGUUUACUUUCCACUGUUUACUACUACAGGCUAACAGUGUUGACUCUAUGCCAAGGCGACUCAUCUAAGGGAAUACAAAUUUAAGGUAAUAUUUAGUGCUACUCAGCUGCCUCAGGCCCAAUAACCUGAAUCCUCCCCCGCCCACUCAUUUCUUUUCAAGACCUCUGUGCAGCUACGAGUACAUGCAGCCUCUGGGAGCAAGAUCUACAUCUCAGCCAUAGGAGUCAAUUGGAAGGCCCAGAAGUGCUCCCAGCAGUGCACAUUUGGUAACAGUGAGUUUUGGGUUUGAGGAUAGUAGGACAUUUCCUCCCCUAGUGACCCCCCGCAAAGUGGGAUGACAAUGUGUGAAGAACUAGUUUACAGCUGGAGCUAUGAUGUGUCUGCCUACUCUUUUUAUUAACUGCCCCAAGGAAUCUCCCCUGGGGCAGGUUAUCUAUAUUACGGGUACCCCAAAGAAUGAUUUUUCUGGAGAACUCGUAAAGGUGGCAGAAGGACCAAUAAUUGAACCAUUGCCUGCUCUGCUUUCCCUUGUGGCAUGUGACAGUCUAAAUCAGGAGUGUGUGCAACUAGUUUGGGACUGAGCCAUGACAAAAAUGAGAGUGACAGAAGCUAUAUAAAUAGCUGAACAUUAAUGACUGCUGCUAGGAAAGUUUACCCCAGCUGAGGCUCUGCUCCUUGGAACAGGAGCAGUUCAGUUUACAACACACCUGAUGCGAGUGUGGUAUUUCCAUCCCACCAAUCUUAUGCACAGGAAGGGAGGCCCGGUGAACCCCAGUGAGGAGGCAGAUGACACAGACGACAUUUCUGCUAAACUUUCCUUCUGGCUCUAUCUAGUAGUGUUGUACCAAUCCUCACAUGUAACUUUAGGGCUGGACCCUUGAGCCCAUGUCCCCUUUGCAGCACACCAGGAAGUUCCUGUUUGAGGCUGGGAGAGGAAUUUUAUGGAUAUCAAACACAUUUCAGUGUGCAGCUCUGCCUGUGGUUUAGUGCUUUGCUGUAAGCUGAAAUGGGAACAGAACCCUAAAGUAGCAAGAAAAACAGCAGGCUGGACAUCUUGGAUUUUACACCAACAUGGGAAUAAAGCCAGACAAUUCCUGCAUACCACCAGUAACAACUGUCACUACAGCGCAGCCACAGGGCCCCAAGACAAUCAGCUCCCAGGGACUAUCCUGACUGGGUCUUUGUAGAUGAAAUGUCUUUGGUGAGCUGAGUGCUUUCCAGCAUGCCACUUUUUCUGGGUGGGGAAGUUCUUUGGACCAGUGAAUUAUGUCUGUAGGUUAAUAUUGAAGGAAAAAACUUCCUGAUUUAUCGUUUUCCUUCUGUGCUUCUAGAUCUUCCUUCCGGCUUUGCUAAGUGGUGAAACAAAUAGCACUAUAACUACAAGUUACUGCUCCUGUGCAGGAGCGAGAAAGUGGCACGUGCUCCUUUGCAGUCUCCAGGCGCAAUAAAGGGUGACAAAUAGCCUUGAAUUGCUAUGAGCACACAUUGUACCAGUGGCAAAAGCCAUAGGUGAUUUAACAGGCUCCAUUUUGUGGAGAGGAGGUAGUGCAACUCUGGUGUGGCGGGGAGGUAUGUGUUCCUUCUUUACACACACACACACACACACACACCCCCACCCCCACCCCAAUUCUUAGGCUCUUUCCUUUCUAUCUAGGCUUUUCUAGAGAGUAAAUGUUUCCAGGGUACAUCAAAGAAAAGGGCUCACUGCCAGAAAGCUCAGCUAUUCCACCCCCACUUAUAAACCAAAUAACUUGUUUUGCUUCCUCUUCCCAGCACUGUCUAUGCAAAACUGAAAUAACUAGGAGACUAGUCUGGCAUUGCACUUCAAAUCAACCCAAAGCGGUCACUGUACCACCAACUGGAGCACUUGCUAAUGCUGCUGCUCAGAGCAGCAGCGUUUACUUUCCACUGUUUACUACUACAGGCUAACAGCGUUGACUCUAUGCCAAGGCGACUCAUCUAAGGGAAUACAAAUUUAAGGUAAUAUUUAGUGCUACUCAGCUGCCUCAGGCCCAAUAACCUGAAUCCUCCCCCGCCCACUCAUUUCUUUUCAAGACCUCUGUGCAGCUACGAGUACAUGCAGCCUCUGGGAGCAAGAUCUACAUCUCAGCCAUAGGAGUCAAUUGGAAGGCCCAGAAGUGCUCCCAGCAGUGCACAUUUGGUAACAGUGAGUUCUGGGUUUGAGGAUAGUAGGGCGUUUCCCCCCCAUUUUUAGCCUUCAGACCACUUUAGAGUGCAGGUUUAUUAAAUUAACAAAGUGAUGCUUUGUCCUAAAUGAAAGGCCAGUGAGAAAUUCAUUGAUCUUUAAGGCUAGAAGGGACCAUUGUGAUCAUCUAGUCUGACCUCCUAUUUAACCCAGGCCAGAGACCCUCCCCCAGUAAUUCCUGCAUCAAGCCCCCAACUUGUGGUUUGAACGACAACAUUGCACUUGGAAAGACAUGUAGUUUUGAUAUAAUGACUUCAAGCGAUGGAGAAUCCACCACAUCCCUUGGUAAACUGUUCCAGUAGUUAACUACCAUCACUUAAAAAAAAAACCAAACACCCAAAGCCUGUACUUUAUACAAGCUGUUUGUUGCUAUAGUGUAGUCCUCUCAAGCAACCUGCAUAUCCCCAGCUGGCAUAGCUAGCAACGCCAGCAUAAUUCUGAGAGAUACAUAGGCUAGGUGAAGUCACAGAGGGUCACAGCCCCCUAUUAUAUUUUACAUACAUUGGUAUGUGCCACUCAGGCAGUCUCUAUUCAUACUACUAUGGCAUUAUCUGACUGCAGGAGACCAAAAGAACUACAAUAGUUGACUUAAUUAAAGCAAGAGAGAUCGGGGGCGGGAUGUACAUCAACAGUUCAGACAGCAACUCAGUAUCUUAUUUCAAAGAAAUCUCCAGUUUAAAGGAACACAGUGAAAAUUGUAAGUCCCAGGCCUGUGCUACACUGACAUUUUGCCAGCAUAGUUAUGGGUAUAUGGAAAAAGUCACCUCACUGUAUCCCUAAUGUGGAUGCAGUUAUGCGAGCAAAAGUCCUUUUGCUGUUACAGCUGAUUUCAUUUAGCGAACCAGAAUAAGCUAUACCAGCACAAACACUCUUGCCAGCGUAAACUGCCUCUCCCCAGACAGGUUUCGCAAGAUAGCUAGCUCUACUGGCAAACCCUUUCUAGGGUAGACAAGGCCUAAGAGUUGCUCUCUGCUGAAAUGUUUCAUACUGUAGGACUGAGCUUCAGCUGUCCAUGUCUUUUCUUGAAAAUCAGUCUCUUUAGCAAAACAGUAUGUUUAAACCCUACUUAACGUAUGUUUCUAAUAGCACAUGCAGCGGUUCUGACCAGAGCAGGAGUGAGGAAGGGUAGUUACAGCAAGACAGUAACGACAUUAUGGCAUUAUGAGAAGAUGGUUGUUUUGAUUUUAAACAAUCAAAGUUAAAAAUUUACAUCUUUGUCUGAACUCCUCAGCUGGUGCUGCUGUAAUAGCAAAGGUGUCAGGGUUACUGGCACACAGUUUAUGAGAAUAGAAUAGAACUGGAUUGUAGGAAUUGUUAUGCUUGCAGAAUUGCCAUGUACAAUGUGAGGUAACAAAUCCACUGACAGUAUAAGAGACAGAUCUGCUCAUUGAGGCAUUUAGCUUUGUGCUCCCAAAUGUCAUCUUACAAGCUGCAAGCAAACAAACUGGAACGCUUAACUAUCCCCCUCACAAAAAACAAGGGCUGCAGUGUGUCUCAACAGCCACAAUCAAUUUUACUUGGUAAUUCAUGUUCAGUCAGUGCUCUAGCUCCCGAACAACACUUCAAUUUCAUGCCACACAAGAGGUCUGACAAGUCAGAAGUGCUGUAAGUUGCAGGCAGCCAAGUUUACAGGUUAGAGGUAAGAGGGUUAUGUUCUAAGUUUAUUAUUAAUAUUCCAGUUGCACCUAGGAGCCCCAACCCACCGUCAGGGCUACCCUUGUGCUUGGGGAGAUUUGCAAAAGCACCUAUUGCUUUUAAAACCGCAAAUUCCAUUGAAGUCAAUGCCACUUGUGCUCCUAAAUCUGAGGCGUUACUGAAAGUCUCCAAUCAAUAGCAAGAGACAGUCCUCAUCACAAAGAGUUGACAGUCUAAAUAGACAAGAGAGUGAGAUGGUGGAAAAAGGGGAGUAUUAUCCCCAUUUUACAGAUAGGAAACUGAGACAUGGAGAAAUUAAAUAACUUGUUCAAAGUCACACAAGAGUGGGGUUUAGUGGAUGUAAUUUAUAUGCCAAGGGGCUGAAAGAGAAGAGUGUAGCAGAAAAAGCAACUAAUAGGAAGUAAAUUGAAAUAGGAUGCAGAUGUACCUUAUCUUAUACAUUCUUUUAGGCCUUUGGCUUGGUCAACCAACAUAGUCUCCUUAACUAGUUUGCUGCUCAUUCUUCAACUAGAGUCAAUAAUGCUGUAUGCAGCACAAGAAUUAGGUGCUGUGGAAGUAACAGCAUCAGACAGGAUAUCAGGGAAAACAAUAUACUGUUCCUGGGGUAGCGUUUGCUAGUAGAUUCUGUUACGAUAAACAGCAGAGAGGAAGGCAGGUGGCUCACUCCAGAAUCUGAAGAUGAGUGACAUAUGUGGAAGCUUUUGGGAAAAGAGGGACUUGCAGAGCUUAUAAGAACAGGAACUGAUGAAUUACAAACACACAGCAAUUCUGUUUUCAUGCACCUUGCCUACAGAUUAAAAAAAAGUGAAUAUAUUCUUGUGUAUGACAGCAACAGAAAUGUUUGUAAAUAGACAGUUUCUCAGCCUAACCAGUGCACCUGGACCUGAAAGAUAAUUAAUAUGGUUUACAUUCCAAUGCAAUUAAAAUUCCUGUGUAAUGCCAGGGAUUAGAGAACCGUAAGCUUGCCCUGGGAACCAUUGCUCUCCUUUCUUCCAUUUAUCCACCAUAGAUAGCGCCUCGGUGCUGCUGCCUACUGUAUCCUGCUCACUCCAUUUGGAUAUUGUCAGGCUUUGCAUUCCGGUCAGCUUAAAUGUGAAAAAAGAAAGAAAACCCAUUAUGCUAGGGGUUCUCAAACUGGGGAUUAUUACAUAGGGGGCAUGAGCUGCCAGCCUCCACCCCAAACUCCGCUUUGCCUCCAGCAUUUAUAAUGGUGUUAAAUAUAUAAACAAGUGUUUUUAAUUUAUAAGGGGCGGGGAGGUUUGCACUCAAAGGCUUGCUAUGUGAAAGGGGUCACCAGUACAAUAGUUUGAGGACCACUGCAUUAUGCCAUCUCAUUCCUGAGUGUCCAUUAGCAGCAGCUCUAGAGGUAUUGCAAAUAGGGGAUUGCUGUGAGUAAAAGAUAUGGGGCUCCAGAUCUUUGAUUUCCUUUGGUUUCACUUUUGGAGAAUUGCAUAAAAAGUGGCGACCCGAUUGCCCUCUUUUAGAACUGGAAGACUGACAUGAUAAGUGGGCAUCCCAAAGCCAAUGUUCAGCUGUUCCUCUCCCUUGUAUCUAAUUACAUAUGCAUUUGUCCAUGGCAAGUUUGCAUUCUUAUUAUACAUUCAUGUUCGGUUAUAAAAACAUAAAAAACAAUUCUCUGGAAUUGGAAGGCUCAGGAAAAAGAGUUAGAUUCUUGUGCUCUAGGUCACACAGUUUUAAAUCCAGCACAAGAGAGCCAUGAGCAAUGGUAAUGACUAGCUUCAUUUUAUAAACAGGUCAUUUCAAUUCCCUUCUUGUGAACAAGCAUACAUAUCACAACCACCACCAGCACAACUGGCACCUUUGGUGGCAGUAUGCCAAACAGAGACAACAGAUACAGACUGGAUAUGGACAGAUACCCUCUCUGCCCUAGAGGUAGUCAUUCCAGAGUAGGAUUGGGACACACUGGCAGAUGGAGGCAACAUGGAGAAGCCUGUAGAAAAAAUACACCUCAAGCUCCAACACUGUAAAGCCAGGAACCGUCCCCCCUAAAUUAACUUAUCAGUGUAACACAUACACAAAUCUCUUUUCCGGAUAUUUGCUUUGUAAGAGCUAGUUAGUGAAUGGGUCAAGGUAAGAGAAUAAAUAAUUUUAAAACAACCAAUGUAUUAAACUCACAUGUGGUUGCUUGCAAUAUUAUGGGUACAUUUCUAAAGUGCUCAUCAUGGCACAACACCUACAGAGCCUGAAUUCCCUUUUUUCUGUUAUAACCUAUGGAAUGUCAAUCAUCAUUUGUUAGCUAUGAGGCCUAAACAUACACCUAUUUCUGCUCAGAGGAAAACUAAAAUGGAAUGAAGUAUUCUAGCUACUACAAGUAAACAAUAAAGAUUAAGGGCAGCCUCGCUUUCUAAAGGGAAAAUUGUGUCCCUACAUUCUGCUACUACAUCCAUAGUCAGGUGUUCAGCUAUCCAAAUGCAGAUUUGCACUAGCAAUUACCUGCAGGAGCACAAAGAAUGCAGGGGCCAUUUGUGCCAUUUAAUCCAGCAAAAUGGAUUAAAUCCUGGCUCAUGAAAAUAAAUGGCAAAUCUCCCACUGUCUUCAGUAGCGUCAGGAUUUCAAAUCAGAUGGGCAGAUGUGCCAGUGAAAAUCUGACCUUAAAUCACACAGGUAAUAACAAUUAACAGGAAGCUGCUGCUUUGAU